CACUGCCAUGCCCAGUUACAAUUUUAUUGUUGCGUCACCAGCUCGAAAUCUCUUUCUUUUCUUCAUUGAAUUUCAACAUGACGGGCUUUACAAACAAGGCCAUUGUUAUUGACGGUCGUGGCCACUUAUUGGGCCGAUUGGCAUCAGUGAUUGCCAAGCAAUUGUUGAACGGUGAUCAAGUCGUCGUUGUCCGUUGCGAAGACUUGCAACAAUCCGGACACUUUUUCCGCAACAAGAUCAAGUUCUUGUCUUAUUUGAGAAAACGUUGCAACGUUAACCCCGCUCGUGGUCCAUUCCACUUCCGUGCACCUAGCCGUAUGUUGUACAAAGCUGUCAAAGGCAUGGUUCCUCACCAAACACAACGCGGCAAGAAUGCAUUGAAACGCCUGAAGGUAUUCGAAGGUUGCCCACCACCAUUCGACAACGUCAAACGUUUGUGCGUCCCAAUCGCCAUGAAGGUCUUGUGCCUCCGCUCGGACCGUAAAUUCUGCAAGAUUGGACGUGUCGCCCACGAAGUUGGAUGGCAAUACAAGGACGUCGUCGCCAACUUGGAAGCCAAGAGAAAGAUCAAGUCUCGUUUGGCUUAUCUACACAAGAAGAAGUUGAAGACCCUCACAAGAAAGGCGCGCACCACGAUCGCCAAGAAGAUCGAGCCACAAAAUGCAGUUCUUAAACAAUACGGAUACAUUACAAAUGAGACAAAGUAAAAAAGUUGAUUGUAAACCUUUGCGAUUAAAAUCUACGGAAUAAAUUUUGAACUGUA